AUGUAACCUUAAGAAUGCAGUCCGUUUGUCACAGAGUUGGCACUUGUUCCUCAUGUUUGAAGAGACAGUUAAAUGGCUUCCUGGGAUUAAUUAAAUGGCAGAGAAGGCUGGUUCCUGCUUGUAUCAGAACUAUUUACAGUGAGACGGGGAAAUGGGAAAAAAGCUAUGGGUUGGAGACAAGAAAAAGAGUUGAAAAUUGGUGGCUCCCAAGAAUAAAGGAUCAGUUCUGCAGAGUUUCAGAAACUGAUAAAUCAAGACCAAAAUUUUAUGUGCUUUCUAUGUUCCCAUAUCCUUCUGGAAAGCUUCACAUGGGCCAUGUUCGUGUCUACACCAUCAGUGAUGCAGUAGCUCGGUUCCAGAAAAUGAGAGGGAUGCAGGUGAUAAAUCCAAUGGGAUGGGACGCAUUUGGUUUGCCAGCAGAAAACGCUGCAAUUGAACAUGGGCUUCACCCUGCAAGCUGGACACAAAGUAAUAUUCAACACAUGAGAGAACAGUUUCAUGCACUAGGUCUGUCUUUUACAUGGGAAAGG